AUGAGAGAGGAAGCUAGAAGACUUUUUUGUUCUAUUGCCAAUCUGUCACAGAUUAAGGGCAGUUGGAUUUGGGAAAAUAUUAGACAAAGGAGAGAAAAGGUUGACUGGCAUCGGCUGAUCUGGUUCCCAGCUCAUGUUCCUAAAUUCUCUGUGGUUGCUUGGAUGGUGAUGCUGGAUAGACUGACAACAAAGGACAGACUUGGGCGUUUUGGUAUUAUGACUGACAAUCUAUGUGGUCUGGGUGGGGCUAGUCAGGAAACUCGUAACCAUCUGUUCCUGGAAUAUUCCUAUUCUUGUGAGGUUUGGCGCUCCAUUAUGAACUUUUGUGGUUUGCAUUACCAACUGUCGAGUUGCUGGGAUGAUGCUAUACGCUGGAUGCUGAAAGCAAGGAUUGCUUAUUCUUUGAGUGCUCCUUCUCGAGGAAAAUUUAGGUUUCUAUUUGGAGAAUUUGUGGUAUAA